CCAAACAAUCACCCAAGGAACCAACAUCUCUGUUUCGCAGAAACGAGUGUGCACGACGAUGGCGACCUGCAUGACGUGCAGCCUCCUGGCGCCAUGCAAGCGAGCCCUGACGCGCCUGUUCCGCAUCCGGGCCUUCCGGUUCCGGACCCUCCGCAAGGCCGCUGCCAGGAUGAGCCCGGCCCGCCGCCGGCGCCGCCCGAGACGACGCAGUUUCCGGUCAGUCCGCACGGUGUUCUGGCCGCUCAUCCCACAUUCCUCCAGGCCGACCCCGGCCACCUCGUUAGAGAGCCAUACAUCCCGCAGGGAUGUAGCCGCAGCAGCGGCCGAGGAAGUAAUUCCAGAGGCGGUUCCGGUAGUGCCCGCGCCUGUGCCGUCUCCGGAGACGCCAGCGUACGCGAAGAUGGUGGCGCGGCUGCGGUCGAGGACGAGCACGAGCUCGAGCACGGGCGUCGGGGAGGAGGAAAAGGAGGAGGCGUGCCAGAGCUUCGAGAGCUGCCUGAUGGAGAUCCUGAUGGAAGACGGCGGGAAGGUGAGGGACUUGCAGGACGUGGAGGAGCUCCUCCAGUCCUGGGAGCGUCUCAAGUCGCCCGUGUUCGUCGACCUGGUCUGCAGGUUCUACGUUGAGCUGUGCAAGGACGUGUUCGGGGUCGAGGACGCGAACGCUGACAGGGACGAGCUGGCAUCGGUAUUGUCCACGCCCGCGGCUGCUUGAUUAGCGCAACUCAAUUUGCAGCAUUUAUCGCCUGUGAUUCAUAUUGCGACACUGCGACAACUCACAGCGACACAUGUGACCCAAAAAUUCAAAUUUGUCAUUUUCGCUGGGGGUUUUCAUCAUUUCAAACAUAUAUGUGGUGUCCAUCUACACCAUUUCAUCC